AUGUUGCCUAAGGCUAUAUCGCUACAAGUGGGUUUAGUGAGGCACGAUCAUCCUCACCGCCGGUUCCAGAUGCCGUUUGCAGGGCUUGUGACUUUCACUCAACUUUUCCAUCCAUUCCGCUUGCCAUUCGGUCGCUGCUACACAUCACAAUCACUGUAUGGCUGUCUGAAAUCUGCUGCAUAUGAACGUUCAAUUCCCGUCUCCGUUUACGUCAUAUUUGCGGAUUUAGGGCCGGUGAUACCCAUGCCUCGGCAUCUUCCACUUCCUGGGCUUCAGGCCCUUCACCCAGUUAUCCCCACCCCGUUCGCUCUCAUUCUUUGGGCCCCUGUGUCUCUGCGAUUUAGAGGUGAAGGAAACCAAACUAAUGGAGUUUGUUGUUGGAACCCAGUUUUUCUGCAUAUCGAAGAUUGUCUAGGAAACAGCGUCUACAAGAAUGGUCCAGUAAAGCCUGGUCAAGAGAUAUCUGUCAUUGUCUUCUGGUUUGAUCGACUCGAAUUUCCUAACAGCACACUUUCACACUAA